CACCGGCAGCUUAUCUGAGGUUCACCGGUUUAACCUCGAUAGGUUUAAAAGACAUCGCAAGAGAAAAGACAAUUGCACGAAGGGAUAUACACAGCUGGCAUCUGCUCACUGUAAAUCAGUCGCGUGUAAUGACCGUCCUCGCCGGUUUAUCAUUGUGAUUGUUCGAGGCUAGUCGAGCCAUUAAGCAACGAUUUUACCCAUAUUCAUUAGGGACAGAUAUAUAAAUUGAUGGCAGUGUCAGGAGGAGCCCGGCGGAUCCCGAUGGGUGUGCGAACGUUCAGCGAAUUUCUGGAAAUAGUGACUGUCGGUCCGUGUCGCCCCGGCGGCAGCCCGUUUAAACAGAGAGAGAGAAUACAGCAGUGGUCCAUCCGACAUUUGUCCUCCUGUGGGAUUUUAAUGACCCGUUCUCCUCGAGUUCUUUGUCUGUCUGAAGUGGACCAGACCCCCUCUCAUCACAGAAGGUCAUUUAUCAGCCUCACCAAUAAGAGAAAUGAGUAUUCAGAGAGGAGAAUACUAGGGCAUUCGAUGCAAGAGAUGUAUGACGUGGUAGCCAAUGUGGAUGAGUACAAACUCUUUGUACCGUGGUGCAAAAAGUCCCAAAUAAUAAUGAAAAGGGCCGGUCAUGCCAAAGCCCAGCUGGAAGUGGGCUUCCCUCCGGUUGUUGAGCGAUACACGUCUAUGAUAAGCCACGUGCGUCCACAUCUUGUUAAAGCCGUGUGUUCUGACGGAAAGCUUUUCAAUCACUUGGAGACAAUAUGGCGGUUCAGUCCCGGUAUUCCUGGUUAUCCGCGCACAUGCACGGUGGACUUCUCUGUCUCAUUCGAGUUCCGUUCGUUGAUACACUCGCAGUUAGCCACUGUGUUUUUCGAUGAGGUGGUGAAGCAGAUGGUGGCCGCGUUCGAGCGGAGAGCGUGCAAACUGUACGGACCCGAGACGAGAAUACCCAGAGAGCUGAUGUUUCACGAGAUCCAUCAGACGUGAGGUUCACCGUCACACCUGGACUCAACUGAAACUCACAAUUAUAGAGCUAAAUCUGCAGACAACACCUGUCCGGUUCACUAGUGUAUAUUUUAUUUUAAACAAUAUUUCAGCGCAUCUGCAGUGUUACCCCUUAACCACACAUAUGAAGGAGAGACUUUGGACACGUUUGUCUUUGUUACCUCAAGUUUUCCUCUGUCGAGUAAUUUUUUAUUUGAUAAUAUUUCUCGAGACGGGUACAGUGUCCAACUGUAAAUACUGUCUAUACAGAAAUAAUAUACAGCGUUUCAUUAUAGUAAUACUGCUUACUCAUUUUUGUCCAGCUGUGGGUUCAUUAGGGCCAUAUUUGUUAAAGCUAUUGCUGAAUUUCAUCAAAAUGCUCACAGUGAUCUACUUGACUAUCACUGCACUGAAUUUAUAACAUUCAACUCAAAGCUUUGUGACUAGAAACACUACUGAAAAUAUAAAUGUGAAAUGCUGUUAGUUAGUGUCAUCAAAUAUUUCAAACUUCCCACCACCGCAAUAUUUAUCCCUUGCGUUCUAAUGAAAGUAAAUGUAAAAUUAUAUUUUGCAUGCUAUUGCUUCCUUGAAUACAUGCAAACUCAGGGCUUUAGAGAAAUGAUGACAAAUAAUAUUCUGCUUGCUGUCUCCUUUAGUCAUCACAGAUCGUGCCUGUUCGUGCAGAAAGAGCAAAGAAAGUGCCAUUUCUGUUAUGUCUGGUUAACGCUAUCAUAUUUACGUCAUCCGAUUUCUAAAAAAGGCACUAGUUGGAGAAACGUCGGACACGAGGAACUUUUGUGUUAGAUGUUUCUUUUAUAAAAUUUUGUUUUUAUCUACAUUUCAAUGACUUGUCUCAUUUUCAUGGCAUUUAUUAUUGACAUUUAGUUGAACAUUGUGAUUAAAGAUGAUUAUUUAUUUGUGCUGUAAACACUUAUGUCUAGGAGUCUUCCGCAGAAACAAUUUCAACAUUAGAUCUGUAAUAAAUAUUUCAAGCUGGCCUGUUGUGAAUGAGAACCAAAGAGGUGACCAGUGCUUGGGAAAAGCACUUUUUUUGGCACAAUUUCAUUGAAUGUUAUGUGUUAAGUAGACCAUAAAAUCUCUGUUCACCGGCCAGUGUUAAAUUAUAUUGUGGUAGCUUUUUUAUUUGAAAAUCUAUAAAUGUUUUUCAAAUUAAGUGUCUGUUUUACUUGAACUGCUGAUAUCAGAUUUUGUGAUUAUGUGGACAUGCACUGAUUUCAUUUUCAUAGUUUCCAUGCAAUAUCAGAACAAACAACACAAAGUAAAACCAGUGAUGGAGGUUAGAAGAAAUCUGAGCAAGGUGAUGGUAUCUAGGUCAUGUAUUUAUAACAGUGUGAGGAACUUUGGUAGAGUUUCUUAAACUCCUUUUCCUUUGGUCAUGGACUUUUACAGGUUUAUCAGCCUUUAAAACUGAAUCAGUUUACCCAUGUUCAGUUAAAGAACAAUAAAAUAUAUUUCGAUUAUUCACCACGACCACUUUAAUUCACCAUGUUCACAUGUAC